AUGGCGAUUCAAAAGAAGCAUGGAAAAGGUCGUUUGGAUAAGUGGUAUCGGCUUGCCAAAGAGAAGGGUUACCGUGCCCGUGCUGCUUUCAAGUUGAUUCAAUUGAACCAGAAGUAUGGUUUCCUUGAGAAGAGCAGAGUUUGUAUCGAUCUUUGCGCUGCGCCCGGUUCUUGGUGUCAAGUCGCCGCAGAGUACAUGCCCGCCCAGAGUCUGAUUAUCGGUAGCGAUAUCACAACGGAAAAGUGUCGCGCAACGAUCAAGUCCCACAUUAAACACUGGAAGGCAGAUAUCGUUCUUCACGAUGGCGCUCCCAACGUCGGUGCUGCCUGGGUACAGGAUGCUUUCUCCCAGGCCGAGCUGGUUCUGGAGUCCCUGAGACUGGCCACCGAUUUCCUGGCCGAGGGCGGAAGCUUUGUCACCAAGGUCUUCCGUUCCAAGGAUUACAACCCCCUGCUCUGGGUUUUCAAGCAGCUGUUCACUUCCGUCGAGGCCACCAAGCCUCCUUCAUCCCGAAAUGUCUCUGCCGAAAUUUUCGUUGUCUGCCGCGGAUACAAGGCCCCCAAGCGCAUCGAUCCCAAGUUCCUCGAUCCUAAGCACGUCUUUGCUGAACUUUCUGCCCCUACUCCCAACUACGAGGCAAAGGUCUUCAACCCAGAAAAGAAGAAGCGUAAGCGUGAAGGUUAUGAGGAAGGUGACUACACCCAGCACAAGGAGCUCCCUGUCACCGAGUUCAUCAACACAACGGAUCCCAUCUCUAUUUUGGGUGGUUACAACAAGCUCAGUUUCCAACAACCUCCCGGUGGAGAUCUUGCUAUGUCUACUUUGGAACGUCUGGAGGAGACCACGGAAGAAAUUCGGACUUGCUGCGAGGAUCUGAAGGUUCUCGGUAAGAAGGAAUUCCGCAACUUGCUGAGAUGGCGUAUCAAGGUUCGCGAGAAGUUCGGUCUCGUUGUCAAGAAGAAGGCUCAGGAGGGAGAGGUGGAGGAAGUCGCUGAAGUCGCCCCCAUGGACGAAGAGUUGGCCAUUCAAGAGGAUCUCAUCCGUAUGCGCGAGCAGGAGACUACCAAGGGCAAGAAACAGAGACGCAAGGAGAACGAGAAGAAGCGCAAGGAGAUUGUUCGUUUGCAGAUGAACAUGACCACGCCUAUGGAAAUUGGUAUGGAGCAGCCUGGAAUGGGAGGUGAAGACGCAACUUUCUCUAUUAAGCGUGUCGACCGCGAGGGUGCCAGAGACAAGGUUUUCAAUGCUCGUGACCUUCAGCCUGAAAGUGAAAGCGAGGAGGAAGAAGAGGAAGAUGAGGACACCGAUGAUGAAGGUGAUCGUCUUGAGCGUGAUCUUGAUACCAUGUAUGAAAAAUACCAAGAGCGCAAGGAGGACAAGGACUCAAAAUUGCGUGCCAAGAAGAACCGCAAAGAAUACGAGAAGGACGAGUGGGAUGGAUUCUCUGACGAGAACAAGGAAGAGGAGCAGGAACAGGAACAGGAAGACUCAGACUCAGACGAAGAGAUGGUCGAGUCGAAGCCAGAACCCCGUCCUGAGAACCUCUCAAACAAUGCUUCCUUGUUCUUUGAUCAAGAUAUUUUCCAAGACCUAGGGGUUGAAGAAGACGACGAGGAAGAGGAGCAAGAAGAAGAACAGGAAGAGAAGCAAGAAGAGGACGAAAGCGAUAACAUUUUCGAAAUGGACGAUGACUCGGACGUGGAAGAGAAGGCUCCUGCGUCCAAGCAGAAGAACAAGAAAGACUCCAAGAAGAACGCCAAGAAGGACUCAGAAUGGGAGGAUGAGUCCGACCAGGGCGAGAGCGAGCCCGUUGACCUUGGAGAUCCGAAGAACGCUAAAGGCCAGCUGGAUAUCGACAUUAUUACUGCCGAGGCCAUGGCUCUUGCCCAGGCAAUGGCUACCGGUGAGAAGAAGUCGACCGACAUCAUCGACGAUGGUUUCAACCGAUUCUCUUUCCGUGACGUUGACGGUCUGCCUGAGUGGUUCAUUGACGACGAGGGCCAGCACAGCAAGAUGGUCCGUCCCACUACGAAGGCUGCUGCCGCCGCCAUCAGAGAAAAGAUGCGUGCCAUCAACGCUCGUCCCAUCAAGAAGGUCAUGGAAGCUCAGGGCCGUAAGAAGUACAAGGCUGCUCAGCGAUUGGAGAAGCUGCGCAAGAAGUCUGCAAUUCUGGCAGACGACGAGGCUCUCAGCGAACGUGACAAGGCCGGUGCCAUUGCCAAGAUUAUGAGCAAGGCUGGCAAGAAGAAGCCCAAGCAGGAGGUCAAGCUUGUUGUCGCCAAGGGAGCCAACCGUGGUAUCUCUGGUCGUCCCAAGGGUGUCAAGGGCAAGUACAAGAUUGUCGAUGCCCGUAUGAAGAAGGAUAUUCGUGCAGAGAAGAGAUUGGCAAAGAAGAAGAAAUAG